UUUGAAAACUUUUUGACAAGACUUCUAACGUUUUUGUCGACAGUGGGCAUGUUCAACUUCACGAGAUCGGCGGAGCUGUUUCGUGGCAACGUGAGGUUUCAACGACUUUCCGAUUGACACGAUGGGGUCGACGAGUCAAGAAGCCGAAGAUGAAAGUCUUGCUGAGCAGAGUGACGUACGAUUCAUUCCACCCCUGUAUGAGCAGCGUUAUGAAGAAAUAACAAGAAUUUCCAGAGAGUGUAAGCCAAAAAAGGUGGUUGACGUUGGCUGUGGAGAACUCAAGGUAAUACGCCUCCUCAAGUUUCACAGGUAUAUCCACGAGCUGAUAGGCUUGGACGUGGAUGGAGAGCUUCUGAGGCGGCAUUCAGGCCUCAUCGAACCCUUGGCUGCGUCCUAUAUUCAUCCUCUACCCCAUCCAAUGGUCAUCACGUUACUACACGGGUCCAUAGCAGAGAGGGAUAGCCGUCUUCUUGAUCCUGACCUGGUAGUCUGCGUUGAAGUAAUUGAGCAUCUUUACCCAGAAAAUCUUUCCAAGGCUACGGAGGUCAUCUUCGGGUACAUGAAACCAAUGAGGGCAGUCUUCACCACACCCAAUGCAGAGUUCAACGUUCUGUUUCCUGGACUUCAAGGCUUCAGACACGAUGAUCAUAAAUUUGAAUGGACAAGAAGUGAAUUCCAAGAAUGGGGCAAUGCAAUAUGUAGUGAUUACGGCUAUGAAGUGGAGUAUUCUGGCCUUGGGGCAGGACCAGUAGGGAGUGAACAUCUAGGGUUCUGUACUCAGGUAGCCAUCUUUAAAAGGGUAUCAUGUGAUCAAGACAGUCCUGUAGAACCAGUGGAUGAAGAUCUUCAACCAAUGCCAUAUGAAGAGGUAGCCAGAGCAUUAUAUCCCAGCAAACAGCUGAAUGAUGAAGAUAUCGUGGGUGAAGUCGGGCUCAGGAUUAGACAACUCCUCAAGGAUGCACAGAGGAUGCUGGACGAUGAGGAAGGAGUCUUUGACAACGCAAGCGGAGAUGAGGAGGAUGAUGCAUUGAAGAUAUGGAUGGAAAAGAGUCUUGCUUCCAGAAAGAGAGAAAGGCUGAAGGGUAGCGAGGGACAAAAUGAUGAAGGAGGAGGCUUAGAGUUAUGUACUGAAAGACAAGAUUCUAUUUCAAGAACUAGACGAGAAGAGGGCUGUUCUGACAGCAUCACAAGUGCAAUGGACGAAAUCAGUGAUACCUUGCAAUCAACCAACAUGUGCCAUUCCAGUACUAUACCUGACAAUGUAGGCCAUGAUUCAAAAGCUGAAGAGAAUCCAUGUGAUCCUGCAUGCCUUGCUUGCCAAAAAUCUCAGGAUGCUUGUACAGAGUCGGACUUGCCAAAUAGCAGAUUGAACUUCAGGGAUGUUGAACCUAGAGUGCAGCUAAAUGGAAAUGAUUCGUAUUCAGAACAAUCAGGCAGCAUCCAUCACUCAGUUGACAGACCAACGAAACAUGAAUUACAAGACAUUGGAAGAACUGCCUCUGAUGAUAUCUCCACCUUGGAUGUCCUUGAUUUUGAAGAAUGUCCUUACUUGUUAGGACGUCUUUCAAAGGCCUUUUCCCCAACGGAGUUGGAGGAUGGUAACUCGUUUUUUGAGCAGUGGGAGAAAGGGUUUCCUCCAAGAGAGUUCAUCUAUGACCUUGAGGAGUUGAAGAUUAGCAUAUCCAUGGAGAGAUUGAUGAAGUUCCCAGGGUUGCAGGAGAUGUGUCAGAAUGCUUCCAAGCUCAGAGAUGUCCUUCUUGCCAGUGGGAAGUUUGAGUUCAGCAAGGAUGGCAGUGCAGUCAUCUCCAGCCUCUAUGAGAACAUGACCAGCAGUGAUUCUGAGAAAUGGCAAGCUGCAUCUGUCGAAGGCUGGGACUCGGAUGCGCACAGUGUGGGCACUCAGGAUGGAGCAGAAGACGAGAGGCCUUUUGCUGUCGAGGAUAUCACGGAGGAGAAAGAGUGCUGGGAUUAGUUCUCAAGGAGGAUGGGGACUUCAUUUCAUGAAAAUUACUACAAUAAGAAAUUUGCAAUAACAGCUUCUGAAAUCCUUCCAUCUCAUUUGUUGAUAUUACAUUUGUUAUGGAAAUUGUGUACAGUUUGUUAUUAACACGUCUUUAUGUAACAGGUCCUGUUUCAUAAAGACUUGUUAUAAUAACAAAUGUAAGAUUUCUUUAACAAAUUAACCAUCAGCCAAUUAGACUGAAGGAUUUGAGUAGCUUAUAACUGUUAUUGUAAAUUUGCUAUUGUAAAAGUUUUGUGAAACAGACCCCUGGACCCAGAAAUUACUUUGAAACAGCAUUCAAAUUCUAACAGUCACAGUAACAGAAGUACAAUGUAACAUUUUGGAAGUGGGAUUAUGGUGCUCUCUGUGUAGACUCUGAAACAAUUUAGGAAGACUUUG